AGGGCCUUAGGAUCGAACCGGUUGUGUAGAAAAAAAUCAGGCCUAGUUCGAUGCGGAGGGGUUGCCAUGUUCUGAUUCUCGUGCUUUAUCCGCUAUUGGAGUAUGCUCUAUGCCAUCUAUGCUCCAUGCACGUCUUCAUCGGCCCUUCAACACACUGCCGUACGCAGCGGGUCGCGCGGGCCUGGGGGAGCCUCACGCCAGAGCAGCGACGGACGCCCGGAGGUGGGGCGACGCACCUGGCAGAGUUUCUCUUCGAAACAGCACAGCUAACGCCCUGCCGUUACAUUGUAAAUGGCCUGGCUAUUCUGGAGACUACGGCAGACCUUCGUGCCGGGCGAGCUGAUAUCAAUAUCAAUACCUCUCCCAAUGGGCGGACAGUCUUACAGUUGAAGGCGCGAGAUGGGAGUUUUCAAGUGAAACUGGAUGCAGAUGCAAUAGUGGCCAUCGAAUUGGAAGAUUCUGAUACAGUUGCGCCGGGCCUCUUCAGGUUUGUUGAUGCCCAGGGCCGAAGGCAUCUCACUGUGUUGAUGCUAGGCGAUGAUGUGGAUGCCCGGUUCCAAAUCAUGCUCGGUCGCUGGACAUCUCGAGUUCGUUUGAAGGAGUAAUCAUGCGUCCCAAAGAGGACGAGCAUUGUUUUGAGCCCUCGAUGGCACAUGAAAGGAAACUCUGUCGUUUACUCACCCUUUCUCUUCACCAAGAGCACUUUCGAG